UGUCAGUCUUUCUCUCCCAGUUUACAAGAUUAAUCAUAGUGAUCUACAUUGCCCUUUCGACCUACUUGUUCCUUCCCCUUCUUUGCUUCUCUUCCUCCAGCUAAAUCUUGCUAAACAAUGUCUGGUCGGGGACAAAGACCGGAGGAACCCCGUCCAAUCACUCCUCCUGAUCCCACUCUUGCGACCAGGCCAGUUCCCCCGACACGAAGCUACAUCGCGCGAUCAUUUGGUCCGGCAGCUACGAGCGACAUCCAAAGAACUGCACGAUCCAUGACAGAGCUUGAGGCUGAAGCGGACCCGGCAACCCAUCCACAAGCCCCAGAGAAUUACUAUCCGAGCGUGGACGAGACCCGCAAGCUUCUCAAAGAGGUUGAAAACUGGGCAUUUGUCGAGGAUGACCCCACCUGGGGCUACUACGUCUUCGUCACGACUUACUCCGACAGCGCGCGAGAGAAACUGCCACAGGCACUAGCCAACUGGGUCAAAGUGGCUCAGAAGUGUCUGAGCAUCGGGACCCUGCCCAUCUACUCGGAUGAAGCAUUCCGCCGAUUCAAAUUCAAUGUCGUGGAAGACAGGGACGCCCUGGAUGGAGCGUCGGUCGAUCGCGUGCGUGAGGAGUUCCGCGCCCAGAUUAGGGGCUUACAUCUGGGCGAGGGCGACAAUGAGGAUGAUGAUCCCGGAACGUCCGGGUUUAUGCCACCUGCUCGAAACCAAGCGUGCUUUUUGCUCGACGAGGCUGCCAUUACCAUGCUAGCCGAUAUUGGCUCGCUUCCCGAUGACGCUGUCCGGUUUUAUCGGACUUACAACCACAAGACCGUCACCGUUGUGGAUGGAUUCUGGGAUCGGUCGCGACAGGACCCCCGGGAGACCUAUCGAGGGGUAGGCCAGCUUGCUGUGGCGGGGAUCUUCAUCCCAUUAAUGGCUGAACGUGAUGUCUCCUCCUGAUUAUCAACCGGCGUUGAGAAGUAGGUGGAGAGUUUGAGUUCCCUAGUAUCUUUUGAUCGUUCUAAUUUCAUUCUACUUUCUGUGUAUCUGAUCUACAUCUACACACGAGGUCUACCUCUCUACUACGCCUCCUAGUAGCUG